AGAGUAGUUCUACUCAGCCACCUUCCGAAGUCAACAGGAGCCAAGACAGUUUUGGCUGCCGUCUGUGGCGGCCCCUUGGAGCGAAUAGAGAUGCAUGGAACCAGCACCGCGGAGCUAUAUUUCUUGAAACUGGGCGAUGCCGGAAACUUCAUGGAGUAUGGGAGCGGGGGUAUGUUUGUAAUCAAUGGAGCCAAUGUCCAACCGAGUUGGCAAGAGAAGUCAAUUGGAAUCCACCAACCGGUUUCCAUGGAGAUAGAUCACGAAAUGGUGGUAAACGGUGCUCGUAGGUGCCUCAUCUUAAAGAAGCUACAGACCGCCCCCCGGUCCAGGUCUAGCUUGAGUGCCAGUGGAAACUCUCGUUAUCAUGUUACUGCAUCCCAUUCUACGCCAAAUCAAAACACCAAAGGCACUUUGAUAUCGGAGUUUAGCGUGGAUGAAGCGCUAAGAGAUUUUAGCAAAUACGGGACGAUUGUGGAUAUUUCGCCAGUAAUUUCUCGCAAGUUAUGUUUUGCCUUGCACUUUGCCGACGUUCGGAGUGCCAUCGCGGCCAAACAGGAAAUGGAGCUCCUGGAUAGUUCCAUCGGCGGAAAGUACAAGGACUGGCUGGUGUGGUACGGGAAAGACCCUACGGACGUGCCUGUUUACAAGGUAUGA